UAUUCACAACUCUCUUAAUCAUCAUCAUUCCAUCUCUCUCUUGCAAUUUCCUCUCCCAUUAUUGUUUUUUUUAAUAGUUUCUUGGAAGCUAGAAUUAAGAUGACGAAAAGCGGAGAGCAUUACUCGACCUUGGAAGUGGAAGGUGAGAGCAGUGGAGCACGCGAAGCAAAGGGGAAGUCUCCUAUAAUGGAAGCUCCGUUGAUAGGAAAAGGUGUUGGGCAUUCAAGCGAAGGUGGGGCCGGGGUUAAGAGAGGGGUUGGUGUUAUUGAUUUUGUGGUUAGGUUGUUGGCUCUUGCGGCUUCUCUUGCUGCUACUAUUAUUAUGGGAACUACUGAUCAAACUCUGCCAUUCUUCACCCAAUUCUUCCAAUUUCGUGCUAGAUAUUAUGAUCUCCCUACUUUCACGUAUUUCGUGGUUGCUAACGCUAUCGUAGCAGCAUAUUUGGUGCUGUCGAUGCCUUUCUCUAUUGUCACAAUUGUUAGACCCCUUGCCAAGGCACCAAGGCUUAUCCUAGUCAUCUUUGAUACCAUUGCGUUGACUUUGACCAUAUCUGCUGCUGCCGCGGCUGCUGCAAUAGUAUCCUUGGCUCACAAAGGAAACACAAACACAAACUGGAUAGCAAUUUGCCAACAAUUUGACAAUUUUUGUCAAAGGUCUAGUGGAGCUGUGGUUGCGUCGUUUGUCACCGCUGUCUUCUUCAUAUUGCUGGUUAUUCUCUCUACUGUCGCUCUCAAGAGCCACUAAUUCAUUUCGAACUUGGAAUUUCGAAUUUGGAAUGUAUAUGUUACAUGUAAUUGGUAAUUUUGUUUUUAUGUAUUGGUGCUUAGACUUGUUAAUGAGUGAGUUAUUUGUGUUUGGGAAAAGUUUGUACAUUAAUUGGGGAUUUGCAGCAGGUUAAGUUUUAUGCAUGAUAUGAUCAACUCUUGUAUCAUUUCUACUUUUCUUAUAGCAAUGGAUACUCUGUGAUUGUUUUGCUAAGU